UGUAAAACUUCUUCGGGUAUCGAGUUCCUACGCAGAAAUCGGCGAAAUAAUCUUCGCUUAUAUGCAGAUUGUAACUGGAGUCAUCUUUGUGGUUCGCUGAGCGUGACUCAUUUUUUAAAUUUUUGGGUUGCUUCAUAAACAAGCUUACGGCUCCUCUUUCUGUCUUUCUAGGAAACCGCCCAAGCGUCUUAUUCAAGUAUCGAAUUUCUUCGCAGAAAGUCGAUGAACUAACAAUCAUUGCCAAUCUGUAGUUUGUGUCCGAAGCAAGAGGAUAUUUUAAGGGCCUAAAAACGCUCAGAAAACGAAGGUACGUCUUUAAACGAAGUAGUAGUAGCAUUCAAAUUGUAAAAACGACCUUAUAAUUUCGAAUUUUAGACUCUCACAAAGGAGACAGUGUUCCUCAAUACUGAAUCACAUGAUUUGCAUUCUAUAGAUGAACACGAACGGAGUGUUAUCCAAAUCAAUGAAACAGAAUUUCUUGUACAGAAGAUAGAAAUGCAAGUUUUUUUUCGCCAAAAGGAAAUCUACUCCAAUUCGGAUCCUGGCGCGCAUGCUUCAAAGAUCACGCGCUGGGAGACAUGCUAUAUAUCCUCCAUAUCAAGGAAAGUCAACUCGUUUUUUUUAAAAACCUCUAGGUAAGGAGUCUAAAAUGGAGCCUCAUUCAUUUUUAUGUCCAUGGCUGCGAGGUCCCGCAGUUAACAGGAUAAAAGGAUAAACGGGUGCAAUGCAAAUUAUACUAUUUCGGAUCUACUACAACUGAUCCCUUUCAAAACAUCGCUUCUUCAUUAGUUAGCAUGUUGGUCGGUCUAGAGCUGGAGAUCAGGUUUUUGUAUCAUAAAGAGGUGAUCUUCGCAGUAAAUCAGCCCACCAACAGCAAAGUGAGCAAUUUAAUUUGAACAACAAAUGUUAAAAAAUGAAAUUUUACGUUCGCAACCGCAUGAAGUAUCUCCAAUUUCCUGGAACUUGGAGACAUUUCUUUCGUUCCAUUUGGACUUGACCCGAAGGUUACGUUCACAUAAUUUUUACUCUUAUUAAGGGAGGUAUGUGACAGCAUAGUCUCAAAUGGGCGGGAGUUAACUGUAAGAUAUGUUAUUCAGCCAUAAUCUGAAGUCGUUGCGCAAAUUUUAAUUACACAGCGAAAAUUAAAUUCUUGACAUGCACAAAUGUUACUCAUCAAGCAGACCUAUUAAGACCUCAAAUUUGUGGCUCAAAAAAAUUAUUUUUAAAUCUUCAAUGGUAUUAUAUAAAUCCUCAGUUUCUAUCCAACCGAGUAAUUUUUCCAUCGUAGAAAGUAAGUUAAUAUGAUUUUAUAAACGUAACCUCAGUAGCGAAGGGUGCUUCCGAGGGUCUGAGAUGUCUCUAUGGUAACCUGAGUACCUUAAAAAAUCAAUAAUUUGACUUUGUAUGAUAAAUUUAAGGAAACGAUUGAAAAGAAAACAAAAUAUAAAUUGCUUUUUAAGGCUAUUUGAUUUAAAAAGUUUAAACAUCUUUUUGCUACCAUUGAAGCAGUUAGUGUCACUGAUAUUUAAAUAUCUUCAUUAGAGUAUUAAUAGAGUUCAUAGACAAAACAGAGUCACGUGACUGCAGGUAACGUUAGCUUUGCUCAGGCAAUAAUUCAUCAUUUCAACAAUCACAGGCGAGAAGUCAAAAGUCAAACCCAAGGACAGACCAGUUAGACAGUCAUGCAGCAGAUAUCUUAUGAUCAGCCACAGGCAGAGUCUGGAGCACACUCACCCACUGGACAACAAGGCUAUGUCCCCGAUGGACAACAAGGCAAUGUCUCCACUGGACAACAAGGCUAUGUCCCCACUGGACAACAAGGCUAUAUCCCCACUGGACAACAAGGCUAUGUCCCCACUGGACAACAAGGCUAUGUCCCCACUGGACAACAAGGCUAUGUCCCCACUGGACAACAAGGCUAUGUCCCCACUGGACAACCUGCCCAUGCCCACACUGGACAACCAGUCCAAUCCGUUCCAGGCCCUGGUGUCCUUGUGCAGCCCCCAGUGAAUCAACCUAGGGCAGGGCGGAUGAACAAAGCCCAUCUAAAAACUAUGCUGGGUUGCUCAAGAAUUUUUGAGUUUGUAAGUAGUUAAAGGAUAUGAAAAGGUUUUAACGAAUGAUAUCGGAUUAGCAGGAGUUUUGAGUGAAAACUUUGCUCGAUGUCUUCUUAAUAUUCCUAGCCAACACAUUUUUCUUUUAUUUCCAAACUUUUAAAUUUAUCACUUCCAAUCAUGUUUGGAAAAUUAAUGUUACGAUAGUUUUUUUUUCUUAAUGUUGUAUGCAAUAAAAUGCAUUUGAUCUACAAAUGUAAUCAAAACGAGUAUCGCAUGGAUCCUUAAGGGUUAAGGCCGUGCAUCAGGAUACUUUUAUUCUAAGUUAGAAAUCAUCAGGAAGCCUCGUUGGAACACCGCUGUGGUGCUCUCUUGCCCUUCUCCAGCUUUGUACCAAUAAUUAAGGAGAGAUGGUCAUACUCAUUGUUCAUGACCGUACCUUGUCCUCUUACUCAGAUCGUCUUGUUAAUCGCCUCGCCAUGUGGUGUUGCUUACUCAAACCGUACUUUCGUUUGGAAUAGUCGAGCGUCGUUCUUCGCAGGAGUCUCCAUAUUUUCUUGGAUAAUGGUGAUAGUCCUCCUAAUUGCGUUUUUGCUUGGCAUCCACAAAGACCGGCGAUACUUCAGGACACCAUCAUAUUCCUCACUGAUAGUGAGUAUUGCAACUAAUUCAUUCCGAUAAUUCAUGAAUGUGAUACGAAUACAAGGCCGUAUUCAAGAUGCCCAAAGACUCUCUAAAAUCGAUUCAGUGUUCGUGUGGAGCCUUUGAAAGGUACUGAGACAAAAAGCAGCCUCAUUCUUGUGCUUCUGGUACAAAUCAUUUUCACAAGAAGGUUUUGCACUCUUGACUCUUGGGACUCAGAGUGGUAUUUUAGAUCACUGAUCGGGUAAAUUGACAUUUAACACUAUCUAGAAAAAUUCACUAGGAAAUGGCCAUCAAAGUGAGUGAGGAUAAAAACAUAGAGGCUUAUGACUUUGAAGGAAUAUUUGAAGUAAUUACCUAAAAAGGCUCUCAUAUAUUAAACUACAGACGGACAUAGUUUGAUGCUACUCCCAUACAAUUGGGUGGGAUAAUUCUAAAAUUAUCACCACUAAUCGGUGUUACCACCAGCGCCUUUGUUUGGAGGCUUGGCAUAUUAACUCCGCCCACGCUCCUUUAAGUCGUGACGACGGCGGUUUGCUUCCUGACGCCUAUUUACACCUCGUCAGAAAAAAGGCCGCUAAUUAGUGAUCAUAUGAAAGGACCUCUUGUUGCAGCGUUUAGAUCACCCCUGAUGAAGGCAAUAGACAGGAGUGUCGAAACGUUGGGUCUAUGAUAAUUGUAACUUCUUCGGUUACAUUCAUUAAAUCUGCAAACCAGAGUAGCAUCAAACUAUGUCUGAUUGUCCGCCGGUUGCCAUGUGAACUUUAAUAUAUUUUAAACUACAGACUAUUAACAGGAAUUAAAGAACUGCUGAAGGCUGGACACUUGAUUAUCCCAACUGCACAAAAUACAGCUAGUCACCCGGCAGAUAUAUUGCCUUGUACUCAAGAUGUCUGACUCUUUCUCAGGCUUCUCCCCCUUAGAAACGAGGUUGUGAGGAUUAAAUUUUUGACGUUAAGGCGGCAGACGACAUGUUGCUCUUUUAUUUUUGUUACUGGCAAUGGAAUGUUUAAAACUAAUCUUUUUCUGCUCUAACCAGUCAAAAACACCUGUUCUUUUCCCACAGAUUUUAGUUGUACAAGUCUUCAUGACCAUACUACUCAUCGCUAGUACUACAAGCCUGGCCAUGCCCGGUGUCGAAUCGUAUAAAGCUGGCAAACGUUACCGUGAGCUAUAUGGUAAAAUCAAACCUUUUGACGUAAACGAUGUGUUGCUCGGUUUCGCCUUGGUACGUUAUUUUACUUUUUCCUUAAAUUUUCUGUUCCUACCGCCUCAGUGAGCAGAAGGAAUAAUUAUGCAGAGUGUCCUGUUUUCUGAAUGACGAAUGGGGGCACUAGUGACUCCAAGGGGUGGGUCUCGGGAUCUGAACUACUCCCCUUGCCCCACCCUAUUAAACCUGUUAAUUUUUUCACUACAUGACAGACACUGGUAACAACAGGAUGGUAAAAAAAAAACAAACAAACACAAAAAACACUAAAUAUAAAGCAUUUGAGAUCUGCUUGUCUUGAAAUAUUCUUCAGCUUGUUUAGACCCUGGUGUGAAGUUGAAAUUCAUGUGUCUUCUGAGUUUGGUACCCCUCACCCCUCGUUCUCCGCCCCCUUCCCACCAAAAAUUCCUGGAUCUUUCCCCUGGGAUAGCCCAACAAUCAGCGCCCCGGACGCUGAAUCGAUAGAUCUCAGUUCGAUCUUUGCUCAGUGCCAUCGUGUUGCCUUCUUGGGCAAGACACUUUACUCUCACAGUUCCUCUCUCCAGGCAGGAGUGUGUUAAGCAUUAGGGACCGUUUGUUAUCUAUCGCCGAGGCGGAGAAGCAAGGAUUUUGGUUGUGUCACAAUAACAUUUACCUGAUUCCCCCCCUAAGGCUCAGUAGUAUUCUGACCCCCUCCCCCCUCUCAUUGGCAGCUGAAAAAAACCAUGACUUUCUUCCCCUCUCUCUCUCCCCCCCACGUGAUCCUCUCCAAACUCCUCCCACCAUGCUAUAGAAGAUUAAAUAUACAAUAAAACUUACAAACACAUAGCAAACGGUAAAAUCAAAGCUGGCUCACUUGACAAAAAAACCUCUUUCAUAAAGUUUUUUCUCUCUUCAUUUUUCAGGCGGGCGGUGUUGGGGCUUGUCUGUGUUUCGUGGAUGACAUCCCACAACUGAUUAAGAUGUACAGAUUGCAACGGGCAGAGGAGAUUGCUGCGGCUAAUAAUACCCAGUAGCCUCUCUACUGACCUUCAUCUGCGGUAGCCUGGAUCAGCAACAAAGUAGUUAGUUUGCAAAAUUUGUAGAGGAAGGCUUUGUUUGAAAGCGCGUCCUUAGCUUUGAUUGAUUUUGUUGGUUAGCUGCAUAAAAAACGUUAUAGAGAGCUACAAUGCUGAAACUUAGUUCGUUUUGACUUGUCCUUUAUUCAUAUUUCACAUUUAUCAUGGUUAAUCUUUUUUUUCUAGCUAGAUUUUUUUAACUUAAGCAUAACAAGCAUGUAUUUCAGGCUUUUUGAGUAAAACUGUGGCACCUAUCACCCUAAAGAAGCGAUGAUCGUAAGAGACAUACGAUCGUGUGUAGUGUCACAUAAAAUACUCUGUCUUUUUUAUAUAUCGUUUGUUGAACCCUUGUUGAAAUAAAACUUAGAGAAUAAAUUUUGAUAAAAAGUCUUACUGAACUGUCGAUGGUUACCUUUCUUAGCUUUGAUCAGCAAAACCUCAUCAUGGUAAAUAACGAUGCUACAAACCAAUCGCCACACAAUGUUAUCGA